CGUGGCCUGGGCUCCGUCGCAGCAGGUUGGGUUGGUCGGGUGGAGCUGUCUCUGUUUAGGCAGGUGGAACAUGGAGAAAGAGGAAGGAAGACAGUGAGAGCAGGCACCGGGGAAACAAAGGGGGACGAGGCAGCCGGCCAGCAUCAUUCACGGAUCUCUUCCCUGGUUUGAAAAUGUUACAAAUUAAGUAACUGAUGUCUACUAUGUCUACCAAGGUAGAACUGUCAACCAGAAGCACACGGAGUGACAUUUUAAAUGAUGCUAAACCAUCUAGGACAUUUGUUAGUCCUCUUUCAGAUGCCAGCAAUAAGUCCACUGACACAGGUAUAUCCGGCUCCCUAAUUAUUGAGGAUACCAUAGCAAAUCCUUCCAAAACAAUGAGCAUGUUUAACAGUGGAAUAAGGCCAAGAUCCUCGCCGAAGCCUUUUUCAAGAGAAAAACCUCCAGAAAGCAGAAAGUCAACAGGAAUGCCUUUUACCUUCUCUGGAGAUGUGAAGCAACAAAGUGAUGUGCCAUUUCAAGCCACUACCAGCAUAUCAUUAUCUGGUAGUACAAAAAGUAAUGAAAGUGAAAGAGUAGGUCGUCGAAUUUUCACAUCAUCCCCUCAAGCAAACACAGAUGAAGACCAAGGCAAUAAGUCAGAAUUGUUUUCUUCAACAGCAGUGGGUAGGAGACAGACCACCCCAGGUUGGCACCCAUUAACAAACACUAUUGGUGAAUCUAAGCCUACUCCACAAACUGAGGAUAUGAAAGUCACAUCUAAGCCCCCAAUAAUGUCUAGGAAACCUGAACUUUCUCAACAGGAAACGGUCUACCCAGUCUACUCAAGAAGAACCUUUUCAGGUGUGGAUGAAUCAAGAGAGCCUGGAUAUAAAAGUGUAGAAAACACUAAACCUGAAAACAUUGAUAGCUUAACAGUUAGAGAUCAGUUAAGGCAAAAACGGCGUCCAGUAUCUGCUGUGUUUCUAGGAUCAAAUGAGCCCGUAAGUGACCAAAAAGUAGCAGAUGAACCAAGAAAAUGGAACAGAAGGCCUCUUUCUGAAGAUCUUACCUCAUUGUUUGAAAGCAGAGUCAAUGGAAACAAAAAUGAAAGUCCCUCUGAAGAAACUAAGGAAAAUAGACCUUUUAGGAAAAAUUCGCUAACCAACAGCAGCAUGGACGAACAGUCUAGUCUAGGCGCCAAGGAAGGGGAUCAGGCUGGUGAUAAAAUCAUCUCCAGUGACACUAGAACAGGUGUAAGUGGAUUUUCCUUAAGACAUGCAUAUUCUACACGCAUCGAUAAAGACAAAGCCAAGGAAGUGCCAUCUAACAAGCAACAAGAAAUAGCUGAUGUUGGUGAAAAUGUUAUGAAGAUGUCAACAAAUAUCAACAACCAGUCUUCAAAGUUUCUCCCCGAUUCAAAUGAUGGUUCCUCUAGUGAAGUAAAGAAGUCUGAUGAAAGUGGAGUUGUCCCUGGAGUUAUAAAAAGGCGCCUUAGUCUUUAUAGUGCCAAUACCGGUUCCUCUGAGGAAGCAGAUGUGCCUUUAAACACAGACAACAAAAGUACUGCCAACAUUGAGAGAAAACUUAGAAGCAAUGUCCCUGAUAAGGACACAAAGUCAGCUACAGAAUGGGCAACAUCGCCAUCUCCGGUGACCACAGAUUUUGCAAAAAGAUUCUUUAAUUCCCCUUCAAGACUGGAUCUGAAAUCUGAGAAACCAAAUGAAGAAAGGAGGAGUAGUUUUUCCUCUCAGGAUUAUGCAGCUCAGAAGGUCCUCAAAGAAGAAGAAAGAAGACAAGCUGGGCUGCGCGAAGUGGAUGAGGAAAAAAAGGACUGGCAAAAUAGUUCAUUACUGGAGGAAAAAACAUUCGGGCCAAGAAGGUCAAUCAAAAGAUAUGAUGAACCUGUACAGCUUGAGGAAAAUGCAGAUGUAACAAAAGACAGAAGAGAUUAUAGCUACAAAGAUAAAUUCUAUGAUGCAAAAACCGAUACAUCAGAAGUAAAGGACAAGAAUUCUACCCAAGUAGAAAAAACUGCAAAAGCAACCAUCUUUGAACACAAUGUGGAAAGGCAUAAUCCUCCUGAUGUAUACCACUUGGGAAGUCUUACAUCCAACCCAUCUCCCAAAAGUACUGUAAUGUCUGAAUAUCUUCCGGCCAAACAUGAAUCCUCAAGUUGGUUAGAAUGGUUAAGUGGCGAUAACGUGCACUCUAAGUCACAAAUUAAAAGAGACCUCAAAGUAGCAGACAGUAAACUUAGUGAAAGUUCCGUUGGGACUGUUUUGUAUUCCACAGAAAUUGGAGAUUUACAAAGAGAGAGGCUUAAAAACCUUAAGAAUGUUGAUGAGAACAGGAGAGUAGAGCCGAGGUAUGAAGUAGUCCAAGCUGUAGGGGAAAGAGUUCUAAGUGAAUCUAUUAAAAUGGCACCUGAAGACAAAGCCGUGACUCUUCGAUCUCGACGAUCUUUUCACAACAAAGAUCGGGAACUUGUCAAAGAUGGGAAUGAACAUCCAGGAACUAGUCUCCAAAGAAGUAAGAGUGAGUAUCGAAAGAGAAAUACCCUAAGUCCUAAAGAAAAUUCCCCAGGAAAAUUAUUUUCUACAGACACUGAAUUUCCAUUUCAAGGAAUAAAUGCCCCUAGAACAGAGAAAAAGGAAUUUGUAAAUGCAUCAUCUGAAAGUCUUUUUAGCAGUAAUAAAAAUUAUUUAAAUGAUGAGGCUGACUUACAUUUUAAAGCGAAAUCUUGUGAAUCAAAUAAUAGAAAAGAAAAAACAGAAAAUACACUGGGUAAAUAUUCUUCAGACUAUUCUUCUUUUGGAACUAGUGCGACAGAUAAGGGAGAAGGGAAAACCCCUUUCAGAAGUUUCAGUCAACAAAGUGACAAGUUGAUUAGUUCUCGCAACUUAAUAGAAAAAGAUUCAGAAAAAGGCAUUAGAACUGUGGAGGAUGCAACCACUGCGAAUCCAAAUGUAAGAGAUGAAACAAAUAGUUUAACCCAAGUGAAAGAGUAUAAAAAGCUAUCAUCACUUAAUCAGUUUAAUCCUCAAAAAGGAUUGUCAACCAAGAACAUCAAUAAAGAGGAGUCAAAUGACUUUACUGACGUCAUGCUGAAUACGGAAAUUGAGCAAAUAAAGAGAGAAUUAUUCACCCGAAGGUCGACGAAAGAAGCUGAUGGCUUUCUAAAGAAAGAGUACAAGGAAGAAUUUAAAGAAAAUAUUACGCUGCUAAAAAGUAAAGACUUCUUUCAAGACGGAGAGAAUAUCAGUGAUGACACGAAUAGGCGAUCUAGCCUGUAUAAAUUUGAGCGUGAUGACUUAAGGAAAAAGACAGAUGAAUUAAGCCUAUCAUAUGAAAAAAAAGACAACAUAGAUAUUAGUGCUGCUAAAGACCUAACUCCGGUGGAUAAGAAAGCAACAUAUUUUGCAGUAACCGGUAUAGAUAGUAAAAAGCAUAGGAACCAUGAUGUUCAAAGUCAGAUCAGCAGUAAUACCAGUUUAACGUCUGAGGAUUACUUUAAGCGUAGCAUAAAAAUGGGCAUAAUUAACUCCAACUCACAUCAUGAUUCUUUCACACCAGAAGAAAAAAAUACAGAUAAAGAUAUAGAUGACUCACCUGCCUCAAAAGAAUUAAAAACAUACAAAAAUGUGCAAGUUCUUCGGGAUAAUUUAGUAGAAAAGCCAUCUGGAAGACGCAAUGUUAUUGAUAUUGAUGCUUUGCUUAAGCGACACAAGCAAAAGUCAAGUGUAGAUGAUCAAGGUCCAACAUAUCUAGAUACCCAAACAAAACCUAUGCAGAAGUCACAUUUCAUGGAGCCAGAGAACACACAAGAGUCAAAUGCCAAAGGACCUUCUCUUAAGCUUGAAGGAACCUAUAAAUCUAAAAUCUUGGACGUUGAUUCUCUGAUGGCUGACUAUAAUGCUAGUCAAAGGAAGGAUAAAGAGAACAAGGCCAGAGAUGAUGAUCAUAAUUUGCCUCACUGGGAAAGGUCAAGAUCUUUUAGAGAGAGUGUCUCAAAAGGUUCAAGCAACAAAUGGAAAGAUCCCUCAAUUAGGCAAUUUACUAAUGAUGAAGGUAACAAGUAUGAGGCUGUUUCCUCACGGUAUUCUUCAUCACAAGUAUUUACCUCUGCAAAAGAUGAUCUUAAGCAAGAUGUGUCAAAAAGUUCUACAUUUUUAGAUAAUUUGAAUGCUUUAGCAGAAGGAAGUUAUGAGAAAGAUCUAUAUAAAGGAAAAGAGCUUCAAGGCAUUCAGGAGUCCUCAGUAAAAACCUUUAACUAUAAAGCACAAUCAACACAAUCCUUUGAAUCAAUGACAACAGAAGCAAGAUCCAAUUUACAUUUGCAAGGAAAACAAGUGCAAAUAAAGAUGAGUGGUGAUGAUCAAAAGGAAAUUUACGUGGUAGAGCGUGAACACCAGAGCUUUACGCGUAGGGGAUCCAUUCCAGAGGAAAAGACACCGACACCUUCUGAACCUAAAAAACCAGCGAAAGCUAGUGAUUUAAUCAGCCUUAUGCUGGAAAAUAAAGAAAAGAAAAUGGAGUGGCAUCGUUCUAGGCAAAGUGUUCCAGUGGAACUACCACAAGAGCCAAAAACGCAACGAUUAGUGGUUCAGCAGGAAUGGAUACACAGUGAAAGCAAGGAAUUUUACAAAACAGAAGAACUUAAACCACAUCCAACAAGAGUACGAGAAAUGGAGCUUGUGACAGAUCUGUCUAGGAGGAAAAGUCUAAACCGACGUAAAGAGUACUCAAAAAUCUCAAAAGAGGAUCACGUAAAGCAGUGUUUCUCCAGAUCCUCCACCUCCAAUAAGGACACAGAUUCUCUUGUGCAAGAAACUGACAGACAGUAUGGCACAUGGAGUCAGGAUAAGCAAAAGCCUGAGGACAGCUUUGUGCAAGAAUCUUCGUCAUACGAUAACAUCAGCGGCCGCAAACAGCAGUCACACAGCCGCCUGUCCUCUCUGUCCCACACUGAGACUGACCAGCAUGAUUCCAUCACUGAAGCUCGUGAAGGGAGUCUGGAUAGAUCCAGCAUGGAUUUUGACUCCACCGACGGCACAGCAAGCACCCCAUCUUUUCAUGAAGCCAAAGCAGUUGAUUUCUCUUUCGUGGAUCAAACUUCGGUCUUAGAUUCCACAGCACUCAAGAACAGGGUUCAGCUAAGUCGGAAGAGCCAGCGUCGUGCACCUAGCCAGUCACAGCGCAGAAGUCGACUUUUGGUGUCCAGUAGCCAACUUGCAGUGAUAGAAGAUACAGACAGUCCUUGGAUGUUCACUGAUUCUACAGAAGACAAACCGGAGAAAAAGGAUGAGGUUGAUGGGGAAGAAGAAAAACCUCAAAGGUCUUCACUUCCAUCCCAGAGGAUGCCGAUGUUUCCCGGAAUGGACCACUCCACUCUGAUGGCCCAACUUCGGAAAAGACAAGAGACAGAAAGUAGUAGUGAAUCAUCAACUCAACCUUCCUCACCUCAAGCUUCUGCUCAACCCUCAAGAUCGCCAAAAUCCCCUUUACCACAAGGAACAAUUGGUGUCAAACUCUUGCCGACCUCUGCGGACAUACAGGACAGAGGGGCAAGUGCAUCCCCACAGUGGUUAAAGGAGCUGAAAUCAAAGAAGAGACAGAGCCUCUAUGAGAACCAGAGUUAACAGAACCAACAGUCAACCAGAAGAGGACACAGCAGUUUAACAUAAGCCUUAAUCCACCCAGCCCUACAGAUGCACAUCUUUCUGCUGUCUUGCUUCAUCUCAACUGCAAUGUGUUCCGUGCCUUCCCAUUUU